AUGCCACAGGAGGAGUUCGACUUCACGGGCGCCGAUGGCAAGAUCACGCUGCCCUGCGACAUAGCGGUCAUGGAGUACGCCAUGUGUUUGCUCAGGAGAGGAGCCUCUGCUGAGCUAGAGCAGGCGUUCCUUAGCACCAUGGCGAUGUCAUGCCACUGUGCCAGCCACAUGGCGCCGAUUGUUGGAGCCAGACAGCAGAUUGUUGUUUAG